CAGAAUCCUCUGAAGAGUUGCGGAGGCAGAACUGAAAUCAUGGCUUGCCACAAAGCAGCAGCUGUAUUGGCCGCUAAUGAUGCCUCACACAGAAAGACGAUGCUCCUUUAACUCGGGGGUUUUAAUGGGAAGUUUCUAAGGCUGAAACGACGGCUUUAGAUCUGGGGUGUGCCAUCAGCGGCUUGCAGAUACCACUGUCUCCUGCCUCAACACAGCCUGGUCGGGAAGAAUGGAAACUAAAGAGGCUUGUAACUACCUGUAACUGUUCCACCAGGAAAUGGAUCAAGUGUUUGUUCAGCCAGAUUCAGAUAACUCAGCAUCUCCACGGCGCAGCCACCAUGAUCUCAGCAGACUGAUGAUGGAAGAAAAGGAAACUGGGAGAUCCCGUGCUCCUGCUUCUCCGGACGAUGGAUGGAGGACAGCCCGUCCCUUCACCCCUAGUGCCCCUUGAGAACGUGUCGGCAGAUUCUAGCAUGUCUCUAGAGCAGAAAACCACAUUUGUGUUUGUGAUUUUGUUGUUCAUUUUCUUGGGCAUCCUCAUUGUCAGGUGCUUCCGGAUCCUUCUGGACCCAUAUCGGAGCAUGCCGACCUCAACCUGGGCCGAUGGACUUGAAGGACUGGAGAAGGGGCAGUUUGACCAUGCCCUUGCUUAGCAGAGGGGGGCAGGAGCCCCUCCUGAGGAGGUGAAGUGCGGCAUGUCUUGGUGAGGAAUUCUCUUUAGUCAGUGUUCUCAACAAACCAAGUUUUAACAGCACCUGGUCCUAGACUUCCAGUCCCUCAUUUAUUAAACAUGCUGUUAGGUUAAAAGCAUUUGAAGGAUAUUGGAGAUGAAGGUUUAUAACACCCGCCCAAAAUAGGAAGGCUUGAAUUUCCAUGUUUCCUCGGCGAAGGAAUAUCGCUGAACGUGUGCGAUGGUGAAAGCAAGAGCCUCAGCACUGACACAAACUUUGCCAUAAAAUGAAGUGCUCUCCCACCCAACCAGAGAAUAAAGAAUGGGAAGGAUCUGAAAUGAAUCCGGUCACAGCGCCAUGAAGAGCAUUCCUCGUUCUGAGCAUGUCUCUCAGUUGGUUUACUUGCACGGGAAUCCGGGUCCCGGGCAGAGAGACUGGGCUGGGUGAACCCGGAGGAGCAUUGGGAAGCCAGCGGGUGGGGGGCGCUUAGCACAAAUGGUUCCCUGCCCGGAAAAGAUGAGUGAGGAUGAUCUCAUUUUAUUUCUCAAGUACAACUGAAUUCAAAGGCUUAUGGAGGUUUGAAAACUCUCCACCAGGCCAAGUACAUUCUAGGUAUUCAUAUUAAUUAGAAGUAGCUAUACCUAACCUGAAUUGACUUUCUUGACACAGAUGAUUGAACUAAUGGGUUGUGAGUGCAGCUACGAGUUGUUGUUGUUUGUUUGCUUUUUCUAAUAAAAAGUUAAUUGUUUAGAAGAGAAGACUGUCACAGUCUUAAGAGGAAUGUAUGUUUGUGAUGGAAUAGAGCAGCCAAAUAAAACUU